AUGCGCCCAAAGCCUGCCGAGCCCCCACGGAUGACCUCAAAUCAGCUAAUGUCGGACGCCGGUUCCUAUUCUGGAAAUGGAAAUCGUUCUCAUGUUCGCGGUGAGCAUCGAUUACCUGGACAAGGUCUUUCACUUCCACCUCCCGGCUUUCUUCCGUCACAACCACCCAACGGCAAUCAGAGGAGGAACAGCGUUCAACGAAACGGUAGCUUGUUCGGAAACCCUCCGAGCUAUGCGGUUCCUUCCUUCGGUGUGGCCCAAACCUUCCUGAAUGGGCAAAAUGCUACCGGUCAGUGGGGUCAGUAUCCGUCUGCUUCCAAUGGAGGCCAUCAACAGCUGCCGCAUCCGAAUGGUUAUCAGCAUCCGCCGCCUCCAAAGAUCCUACAACAAAGAUACAUUCCGCCUGCGACUCAACAGUGGCAACAACAACCGCCACCGCAGAGAACCUACCAACCGGUAACAGGAAGUCAAUACGUACCAUCCCGCCCGCGUCCUCCUGCCAUUCAAGUCGCUGUAAUGCAAGCUCCAACAAUGAAUCAUCCGCCACAAAGUUAGUUUCAAUUUCAACACAUUUUUGAGUGAUUCAAUCACUUGGAUUUCGUGCGUUGUAUGAUACUGUCGGAGACGAAGAUAUUGUACCCUUACUGCGUUUUGCACUUUUUGUCAUACAAUAUCCAACGUUUCUUCAGAAAUGGUUUGUAAUUUCUUAUUUUCGAAGUCCUGUUGCGUAAGUCUUUGCUGUUCACACAUAUUCGCUCGCUCACUGACAUUGUUCAGUUUAUUUUUCUUGUGGAGAAUUGAACCACCCCUCGUAAUGACCAUAAGAGCGGAUUGUGCAGAACGCAAUAAAACCUGUCAAAAAAGAUGAUAGAAUAUCUUCCUACCCAACUCAAAACAUUAUUAACGCUUUCAAUACUUUUCAGAUGCGGUCUACUAUCCAAACCCUGGUCUCAUGCCCGGUUUCGGAACCAUUCCAAUGCCGCCACCUCCACCACCACCCCAGCAACAGUUCACCUACACCCAACCGAGCGCUCCAGUUCCAGUUCAGCAACAGACUCCACUGUUCGUCAAUCCGGAUUUUCUGAAAAUGGGCGAAAAUAUAAGAGUGUUCAACAACAGUGAUGGCUACUCGGAGUUCUACGUUCCAGUGUCGCAGGAUGGAAAACUAGCCAAAGUCGGAUACCAGAACCAUAUUCCUGUCGUCGCUCCGAAUCCAGUUCAGGAAAGCACGUUCCCAGCUGCUGCCAAUGGAGCCCAAGUCCAGGAAACAGUUAUUCUGACAGUCGGAACUGGAGGAAAUGUUCUUGAGGUUCAAGGAACGUCGGAGCCUGACGCCUCGGACACAAUGUCCGAUUCUUCUGCAAGGAUACCGGAGGAAGAGAUCGUUGCGGUUGCUUCAACUGAUGAACCUGAUGAACUUCCGCAACAGAAUGUGGAAACGAAGGAAGAGGUGUCAGAAUCAACGACUCUGACCCAGGAAACUCAAUACGAGAUCCAAAGACUUGCGGAAGAAGUUUCGAAGGUUCCACUCGCAACAUUCUUAGACGGAUAUGUGUUCUCUGGACUCAACUUCCCGCUCAUCUCGCAACAAACCAUGAGUGCCACGCAAAUCGCCGAGUACGAUAAUUUAUUGAAGUGCGUAGGGAAGAAGAUCAAUGCGUUUUUCACUGCCAAUCCGGAACUGUGGGGAAACGCCGACACACGAGAUCGUUUUGUCAUCCCCGAGGAAUAUGAAAUCGGCACCACUACUGCUGAACCAUACGCAUUCAUCGAUGAGCCGAUGGAGGAGCGUGCGGAGGUAGGACAAGACAAUAAGAAGAUCAUCGAGAUCGAGUACUUUAUCCCGGAGAAACCACUGCUUGUGUCCCGGGCAUUGUUCAAACAAGGAAAUCAGAAUGAAAAUCCGAAUGAUAGGAGACAUCUGGAAAAGUGGGUUUUUAUUGUAGUGCAGUAAACGAAAUUUGUUUAUUUUCAGAGACAGCAACGUUCAAAAGAGCGAGGACAUGGGGGAUGGAGUAAUUGAGAAAGCGAUCAACGUAGAGUCAGUAAAGGUAUGUCAGGCAAGUUUGUUAAUAUCAAUCAGUCUUACCGAACAUCGGCAUAUUAGCUAGUAAACGUCAGAAGACGCAUUUUGCAAACUCAAAAUUCAUUUUUUCAACUUGUGGGCAGACCUCCAUCAUCCCAUCCCGCGACAAAUUUGAUUUCAAUCAACUAUUUGCAGAGCGAACUCGAAAAUGAAAACUUCGGAAUAAAUUUCUCGAAAUCUGAGAAAGAGCACAUCUUCGGACUUCUUCAAACUGGCCAAGACGCUAUCAUUGUCAUGUAUUCCGAAUUUCCAGAGUGAGCUGAAAAAUUUCAAUGCGUAAUUUUAAUUUAAAAAGUGAUUUAGCGACGGUGGUUCUGAGUUUCCUGCGGAAGGAUCAGAAGCAGGGCUGAACGGGACAAAUGGAAGGGACUCACCUAAUGAAACCAGAAAUCUUGUCGACGAAACGAGAGUUCAUUCGAGUUCCACCAACGAGCAAGCACCGACUACUGACCAACCAGUCGAUUCACAUCACUCCCGCUAUUCAAACUUCACGCAUCAAAACGGUGUUUCCAGCCGUGGCCGGUCAAUUAGUUCUCUGGGAUCCACUAAUGAUGCUAGAAAUUGGCACGCUCGGAACGUCAAUCAAUGGAAGCAGUACGUGGAAGAGCGUGAGAAUGAUCAGCAGGGAGCAUCGACGUCAGCUCAAAAUCCAGAGGAUCAUGUUGCUCUCCGUCCGCGCACCAGACGCCAACUUCCAGAACUUCCCACUCAGCGUCUAAAUGGAAAUAUUGCUGGCUCUUCUUCUUCUUCCUCUUCUACAGGAAUCCAGAAUGGUAGAUCUUGGGCUCAAGUCGUGUCGAGAGCCGAACCAGAGGACCCCUGCCGAGCUCCUUCUCCGUCUCCAGUUUUGCCGCGUCGCCGUCAUCAUUCGCAGGACACCACUAUCCAUACGGGACCGUAUCCCCAGCAAUGGAUGAAUGAGCACGCGCAUCUGACUUUCCUCAUCCCGACCGCACGAGAGCUUAUGGCACGCGUUCCGUUCCCACCAUACCGUAUCCCGUUGAUAGGGGUUGCUAGACGAGGACCAGGGUGAGCUUUGAUAGAGUCUGUUAAAUGAAUCAAUAAUUUUAGAAUUGGAAACUCUGGACACCGAAUCCUACCAGGACAUGAGAACUUCGAUGAUUUCCGCAGGCGACUUCGAGAGGUUAGACAAAUUGAAACGGAGAACAAUGUUCGAGGUGAGCUCCAAAUGAUUCAUUCAUUCUUUUCAACUAUCGUUCAGGUAAUGGACCUCUGAUCCUGGAGCCACGUGGCUUCUGGUACCCGACUCCAGCCGAGCUGGAAGCGCUAGACCGUCGAGAUGUUGCAGCUCAAUCCCAGGAAAACGGAAAUUUAGGAAAUGGCGCCAACCGGACCGCAAAUGGAUAUUCCUCGAACAACGGAGAAGCGUCCUAUCCGUCCCAAAAAGGCAUUUGAAUAUUGUGUGUGUGUUCGUAAUUUAGCAAUAAACGUAUUCCAGAAUGCUCUGAAGACUUGUCGGCUAAAUUUAGGCAACGCGUUGCGACAGAGAGAGAGGAAGAGAGAAAGCGACGAGAGGCGGCGGAACGGUGCAGAAGCUUGCCGCCAUUCCUGCUUUACAGUCGAGACUCGUCAGAUGAUGAUGGCGAAGAGGGAACCGGAGGAAGCUCUUUCUCGGGCGGGGCGUCGGCGUCUCCAACUUCCGGAUCUUCUACUCAUGAAGGCAUUGUUCUUGAAUCUGGCACGAGCACAGGAGGUCAACCGUCGUCGUCGUGUAGUAAUGGAACUGAGAGUGGGCAUCAGAGUCAGAGCAGACAGGUCAUGGAGCUGAAAAAGAUGGCAAAAACUGUGAAGGAUACGGCUGCGAAGAAUCAGAAAAAGCGAGAGAAAGAAGCCCGUCGAGUUGCUCGCAAAGAACUGGAAACUCUUGAAAAGCAGAAACUCGCCGAAGAAGAUCGAGUAGCCAAAGAGAAAAAGAACGCUGAUGAAGAGAUAAAACGUUUGAAACGAGAGAAACUGGCUGCGGAAAAGGCGCUGGACAAAAAAUGUUCCGGAGAAAAAGCCGUACUACUUCGAGUAAUGGUUUCAAAGGAAUCGGCUGCAAUUGAGAAGGCGACGACCGAGAAGAAACAACUGGUCAAUCAAUUAAACAGACAGAAGAAGAAGGCGGCGAAGCGGAGACAGUACGAUGCGAAAAAGCAGGCGGAGGAGGAGAGAAUCCGAAAAUUGAAGUUGGCGUCGGAGUACAUCAGGCAGAAGGAGCAACAAGGAGCUGAUGCUCAAGUGCUCAUGAAACUGGAACAGGCGAAGAACAGUCUGCUCGAGGAGAGUCUGAGACGGUUGAGAAAACAGGACAAUCAGAACGUGUCGGAGGAAGACGAGCGCAUGGAAAUGGGAAAAGUUCUGGACCCGGUGCUGUCAGAGUUGAAUGAAUAUGACGAGAUUGACGAGAGAACGAUCAGAGACCGUUUGUUCUGUUAUUAAGGGCUCACACUAAAUUUUUUGUUACCAGGCUCCGAGGAUAUCAGCAAAAUGUUCAAGUGCAAUGAAGAUUUUCAGGCGGAUAUUGGCAAGCAGCUAGAAAACGAAAAAAUCGCGCGUUUCAACAGAACUAAAGGAAUUUGUGCUCAACGAGAGUUGGAAGCCAUGAGGGUGAAUGAAGGUUAGAAGGAUGUACUAUAAGUAACUUAAUUUUCAGCGCUUCUGUGCAACCCGCGAUCUCAAAGAGGCGAGAGCGGUGCGUCAGUAUCGGGUUUGGAUGGAAGACAUGUACGAGGACUUGUCUCUUCUUAUCAACUUCAUUGAUUCACCCAGCAGUAGCAACAUAACCACCAAACCGACAAUUGAAAUGUUCGAGGAAUGGACCGUUUUUAACAGCCCUCUCCACCAAUUUUCAACUUUUGCAAUUCAUUUUUAA